GCUCUGGAAAGAAAAUAUGCAAAGUGCGUUCAAUGCAGGCAUCCUCUCCCAAACCCUAAACCCUCUCCUUCUGUUCAUGGAUUUCGAGCAUGGCCAUCUCCUGUUCCGCGAUUGAUUGAUGGGUGCUUCUGCAACUGGCUGCAGUCACUUGAGUUUCAGCAUCGAGCUUCGUUGUGUCGGAGGUUUUUCUUGUUCCACGAGAGUGGGUCGCCUUUGCGUUUGAAAGGUACAGCGAUGAGUAGUGGAGUGCCUUCGACGGACGAGGCCCCAUGGCCUGUUUUGAGCCAGGAGGCCAUCUCCAUGUUUGCUUCUGGAGUGCACUCGUGCUUCCUCCGAUGGACGGCGUUGCAGCUGGCCAUAGAGAAUGAGUGGGGUGGGCGGAACUCCAGUCAGAAGGCGGCACAGCUGGAGAAUGACAUCCUUGCUUGGUUCGUUCACUCCAAAGUGAGACGAUAUAUUGAUGAAUUGGAGGAGCUGUUGGAUGACACCAUGAUUGAGCAAUUCAGCAUGCAGACUGAAGAUGAUAGCAUACAGGAGGUCGCAGAGCAACUAUUUAUUCUUCACGAAGAGUGCUCACAAGGCAAUUACGAGACUGUUCGUAGUCUUGCAGCUGAUUCGUCUCAACAGAAACCUGCUAGCGCUAAGAGUGUAAAGGCACCCAAUGAAGACGGCGAGUCUGACAGUGACGACGAUAUCAUGGAAGAGGACAGUCCAUCAGGGGAGGCAGGAGGGCCUUCUGCACAGGGCAGUGGAUCUUCUCGACCAGCAGAAAAGGUUUCGACGUUAACAGAGGAGGAGAUGGCCGACGGUUGGCAGGAAGCUCCAACCAGAGGCAGGCGGCGUGGUGGACAGCGGUCAUGACUUUAUCGAUAGACAAAUGUUAGAAAUAUAUCGUGCUAUAGCUGUAAUUGCUUUACAAUGGCCGUAGCGUCGCCCAUGACAUGAAGCUGCCCCCCGCAUCUUUUACAGAAGUAUGUCUCGUGUAGGUGACUAGGGUAAACUAAUUCCACUUAUCAAAGUCAAUUGAUGUGUCCAAAUUGUGUAAGGAGCUCCGCCAUGGCACUUAUUAAGUUGUGGAGAGCCCCCUGUAUCGUAAAUUUUAUCUUGUAUUCCAGUUGUAAGCUAUAAUAAUUAAUGCUUGGAUGGCAAGAACGUAUUCAGAUUUAUUA